AUGGACCAUGCAGCUCGUUCUGCUUGUCCUGCCUUGCGAGCCGCCGCCGCUGAGCAGAAUCAACAUCCGCCCAUGUUUCAGUCUCGCCCAGGCCAUUAUUUCGACCCGGUGCACGGCAACGCUCAACUUUGGCAAGGUCUCCCCCCACCUUACCUUCGAUGGACCCUGGAUCCGCCUUAUCAGUCUUCCCCAGUUAUCAUGCCCCCUCAUGCGGGCCAUAUGAACCAGCAAUCAUAUUUGUCCAACGGACCUAACGCGUUCAGCAAUCACCAACAUCCUCCCUUCAAUUACAGAACGCAUAUGCCUGGUUUGCAGAGAAUUGGGGGAACAGCACCUAUCCAACAUACCCAGGGGAACCUCUCAAAUUCUAGCCAGGCUCAACCUCAGGCUGCAAUCAACAGUGGAGUUGGAUCAGGAACCGGAGCGCAUAAUUCAAGGGUAAACAACACCUUGCCCUCCUUAAACUCUAUGCCUCACCCGACUGCCGGCCAAAAUCCACAAGCACCUUCAUUUGUGCAAACUUCGCACACUACCCAGCAGCCUGGUCGGCAUAGCCCUCUACAUAGUCGACAUAAUAGCGUUCCAUCAACAUCACAAGCCAUGGCUGAGACCAACACAUCUUCGUCGGGCAUGAGAAGUGAGGCAGGAUCUUCUCAAUCAGAUUCGCCAUCACCGGCUCGUCGAACAUCGACCACCCAACCUCCUGUUCCACCUAGCCACGCUACUGGUAUUAGAGCUUCAGACUACGCGAACGAAGCGUCUCUUACGGAGCAGCGGCGGGCUAUUGCGGCUCGAAACAGACGAACGCUUACGCGUUUACAAUCUUCAGAAUCCGGUUGGUCUAGUGACGAUGAUUCGGAUACUGAUGCAGUGGCAAUGCAACUAUUAGAGGCCGCUGUCGGAGGUCAUGCCGGGGACGAGCGUAUGAGAACGCACCAAGUGAUGAGAGGCGCGUUGUCAGGCAAAAGAGUUGCUUCUAAGAAGGCACUUACAUCUCUUGAAAGUGUGAUAAUCUCGGAUUUACCGGACAAUGAACGAACUUGCGUUAUAUGUUAUAACGAUUACGGUGUCGAGACCCCCGAGGGCAUUAGCGAGAGCCCAUUACGGUUGCCGAAGUGCAAGCACGUUUUCGGUGAUCAUUGCAUUAAGAAAUGGUUCGAGGAGUCGGAUAGUUGCCCCUAUUGUAGGGAUAAAGUCCCUUCGGAGCCUCAAUACCGGCAGGCAGUGAAUGCACACAACGUCUACCGUUUCUUGCGCCAGCACCACCAGAUCCAUUUACAACAUAUGCAAAUGCGAAGCGGUCGGGAGCAGGAACGAGGUGAUACUGACCUCAGCCGGCCCGCUGAUACUACCUUCAAUGGCCUCUCAACGGCCAUUUCUGCGAACCCAUAUACAGACCUUGAGUUCGGUACGUUAGGAAGCCCUGGAGCCAGAAGAACGGAUUCCAUGGCUGCUGUGUACGCUGCCCGUAGCCCGUGGCAUACUAACCCUGGAGAUCGCCAUUCUCCCCUCCCCUUUGGAGAGGUCAGCGAAAAUCGUCGCAGAGUGCGCCCUCGGCACGGUAGUUUGCGAGGACUGCCUAGUGCGCGACACAACUUUGGAGCGGUACCACCUAAUGGAAAUUCGCAAAUUCAGCAAUAUCCAUGGCUUAGUAGACCGAGUCUACACAAUCGACCGCCUCCUGUAGCCUCGCCUAGUGCAGCUCCCCGCCCACCAUUCGAUUCCAAUGGCUCGUAUCCAUUUCAAACGCAACUCGGUGGGCCAUCAGAGCCAUAUCUGAAUCCGUUGAAUACCGCAAACGCUGCUGGUACUAGCGGCGAAUAUCCUUCACUAUCACAAAUGCGUUCGCAACCGCCACUGUCCCCGACAUACCCAGGCCCAGACGUCUAUAUGACGAACGCAGAUGACUACAGAUAA